GUGAGAGAGACACGAGAGAGGGAGAGAGAGCGCGAGCAGGACGCACACGGAUACACAAACACGCGGGAUCUCCCCCCCCCCCCGAAUCCAGGCCCCACUGUGAGGGAGCAGAGGAGGAAGGGAAAGGGAGGCACGUUGCUAAUUGGUUAACCUGCUCCUCGUUUGUGCACAGGCAGCAGCAGCCUGCAUGUUGCACAGCUGUGGGUCCCUCUGUGUGUGUGUGUGUGUAUGUGUGUCUACAGGUAGCAGCAGCAUCAGGGAGAGAGCAAGCAACUCAACUGCAGCAGCUGCACUGGCUCGGAUUUGGGAGGCGAUCGCUCACUUUGCCGACGGAUGUAUAGCUAGGAAAGAUUUAUCCAGCCGUCCCGUUUGUGCUCUUUUCAUGCAUUUUUCCAGUGUGGCGUUUUUGCUUCUAAAUCUCCCUCGGAAUUUUGUAUUUUGCAUCAGUUUUUUGCAUUCCUGCUAGGAAAUCCGUGGAUACGUCUUGCUUGCCAAGUUUGUAGUGACACCUCUCUGAUUGCCCCCUCCCCCUUUUGUUGGAUAUAUUACAGUACCCGUUUGUAUAUAGACAGAUAUAUGUUUCUGCCUCUUUCAAGCAAAUUGGAAUUCUUUGGGGAGCGAAUGGAUACUGAAGAGGACAGUCAUAACAUUCUUCUUUUGAGCCUAUAAAAGAGGCGCAUGACGAAAUUGCUUAAAUUCAGCCAUCAAUUUAGCUUCACGUUGAGUACCUCGAAGUAUUUAUGGUUGCAGCUCAGGUGCAAACGAGGAGUAGUGAUAAGGAUAUAGACCUGCAGCUAAUUGGAUUUGAUUUAUAAGAGGGAAAUCUGCAGUAAAUGGCCACUCUCUGCAUAUUGCUACUAUGGAAAACAGAAUUGUCAAUAGGAUGUAAUCUGAUAAAUAGUGCUGUGUGAAGAUGCUGCUUCAAUAAGUGUGAAAUCAAUGGAAGACACUUGCCGUGUGAAAAGCCUUUUGAGAUUUUUCUGACAGGCUCAUAUUUAGGAAACUUGAUCCGUUUCUUGCGGUUGCCCUGUUUUUACACAAGUGGAUACAAAUAAGAUUGCUUCAUUGUAGCUAUACAACUAAUGUGGGACCAUGGCCCUUCCAAGAUCCGUGUGGCUGAACUGCGUAUGGAGAGCGAUGAUGGUCCGUCUGUUACACAUGGGAUUGGAUGCCACUUUCGUUCUUUGCAUACUUGGAUUUUUGCUUCAUGCUGCAGCUGUGUCCUCACAAAAAUUGGAUGAUAUUGACCCACUCGUGAUCACCAACUUUGGCAAGAUAAGAGGGAUUAAGAAGGAACUUAAUAAUGAAAUUUUGGGGCCUGUUGUUCAGUUUCUUGGGGUUCCGUAUGCUGCCCCACCAGUAGGAGAGCAUCGCUUUCAACCUCCUGAACCUCCAUCUCCCUGGUCAGAUGUCAAAAAUGCUACUCAGUUUGCUCCAGUGUGUCCGCAGAACAUUAUAGAAGGCAGAUUGCCUGAAGUCAUGCUCCCUGUGUGGUUUACUAAUAACUUGGAUGUAGUUUCUACCUAUGUACAAGAUCAGAAUGAAGACUGCCUCUAUUUAAAUAUAUAUGUCCCAACUGAGGAUGGUCCCCUUACAAAGAAACAGACAGAUGAUUUAGGUGAUAAUGACGGUGCUGAAGAUGAAGACAUUCGGGACAGUGGGGGACCUAAGCCAGUGAUGGUGUAUAUUCAUGGAGGGUCCUACAUGGAAGGCACUGGAAAUUUAUAUGAUGGCAGUGUUCUGGCAAGUUAUGGCAAUGUGAUAGUCAUCACAGUCAACUAUCGCCUUGGGGUACUUGGUUUCUUGAGUACUGGGGAUCAAGCAGCAAAAGGAAACUAUGGCCUCCUUGAUCUAAUCCAGGCUUUGCGAUGGACUAGUGAAAAUAUUGGGUUCUUUGGUGGUGACCCAUUAAGAAUAACUGUUUUUGGAUCCGGUGCAGGUGGUUCAUGCGUCAAUCUGUUGACUUUAUCCCAUUAUUCUGAAGGUAACCGUUGGAGCAAUUCAACCAAAGGACUUUUUCAAAGAGCAAUAGCUCAAAGUGGAACAGCUCUCUCCAGCUGGGCAGUUAGUUUCCAACCUGCAAAAUAUGCCAGGAUGUUGGCUACAAAAGUUGGUUGCAACAUGUCAGACACUGUAGAAUUGGUAGAGUGUCUACAAAAGAAGCCUUAUAGAGAACUUGUGGACCAGGACAUUCAACCAGCACGAUACCACAUAGCCUUUGGACCAGUAAUUGAUGGUGAUGUGAUACCAGAUGAUCCUCAGAUAUUGAUGGAACAAGGAGAAUUCCUCAACUAUGACAUCAUGUUGGGAGUUAACCAAGGGGAAGGUUUAAAAUUUGUUGAAAAUAUAGUUGAUAGCGAAGAUGGCAUAUCAGCUAGUGAUUUUGACUUUGCUGUUUCCAAUUUUGUUGAUAAUUUAUAUGGAUACCCUGAAGGCAAAGAUAUAUUGAGAGAAACUAUUAAAUUUAUGUAUACUGACUGGGCAGACCGACACAAUCCGGAGACAAGAAGGAAAACUCUGCUAGCUUUGUUUACUGAUCACCAGUGGGUUGCACCAGCAGUGGCUACAGCAGAUCUUCAUUCGAAUUUUGGAUCGCCUACAUACUUCUAUGCCUUCUACCAUCAUUGCCAAACAGAUCAGGUACCUGCUUGGGCAGAUGCAGCCCAUGGGGAUGAGGUUCCUUAUGUACUGGGAAUCCCUAUGAUUGGUCCUACUGAAUUAUUUCCCUGUAAUUUCUCCAAAAACGAUGUUAUGCUAAGCGCAGUGGUGAUGACAUACUGGACUAACUUUGCAAAAACUGGUGACCCAAAUCAACCAGUCCCACAAGAUACAAAAUUCAUUCAUACUAAACCCAAUCGUUUUGAGGAAGUAGCAUGGACCAGAUACUCUCAGAAAGACCAACUGUAUCUUCACAUUGGAUUAAAACCACGAGUGAAGGAACAUUACAGGGCCAAUAAAGUGAACCUGUGGCUGGAACUGGUACCUCAUCUGCACAAUCUUAACGACAUUUCACAGUAUACCUCGACCACAACUAAAGUGCCAUCAACAGAUAUUACUUUCAGACCAACAAGGAAAAAUUCUGUACCUGUUACUUCAGCUUUUCCUACAGCCAAACAAGAUGAUCCCAAACAACAACCAAGUCCAUUUUCAGUGGAUCAAAGGGACUAUUCCACAGAGUUGAGCGUUACUAUUGCAGUUGGAGCAUCUUUGCUAUUCCUAAACAUUUUGGCCUUUGCAGCAUUGUACUACAAAAAGGACAAGAGGAGACAUGAUGUUCAUAGGAGAUGUAGCCCACAGCGUACUACUACCAAUGAUCUUGCCCAUGCACAAGAAGAGGAGAUAAUGUCCCUCCAAAUGAAGCACACUGACUUGGAUCAUGAAUGUGAAUCCAUCCAUCCACAUGAGGUGGUUCUUCGGACCGCCUGUCCCCCAGACUACACACUAGCUAUGAGAAGGUCUCCUGAUGAUAUUCCCUUAAUGACACCCAACACCAUUACAAUGAUUCCCAACACUAUACCAGGGAUUCAGCCCCUACACACAUUCAAUACCUUUACUGGAGGACAGAAUAAUACUCUGCCCCAUCCCCACCCCCACCCCCAUUCACAUUCAACAACCAGGGUAUAGCCAGACAAGAUGAAACAAACUUUAUUUUUUUUGAUGGAUUACAGUAGGUGACAUUACUGAAUAUUACUUGGCUUUCAUCCUACAAGACUCUUACUAUUUAAAUAUGGAGGAAUAUUAUGUGAAUAUACAUAUCAAGAACUUUUGGAGUUUUGAAAAAAAAUGAAUUGUACAUAUAUACAAAUGAACUUAAAAAAAACAACUUUGCAAUUGCUUGAAGCAAUUGUCCUGAAUGAUACUUUUUCAUUCACAUUCAACUAUUAAUUUUUGAAGAUUUAAGUUACAUAAUGGAAUUAGGCAUGUGCAACACAAACAGAAAAGAACUCUGACUGAAAUUUUAAAAAAAAUCUAUAAAUAUGCACAAGGGACACACUAAUGGAAUGUCAGAUAAUUUUCACCAAUUUUUAUUUGGAACUGUUUUAUUGUGUAGUCCAUAUUUACAUAUUUGGAUAAGUACACAAAGCACCAAUGCUGUUAAGGCCUUAGUAGGGGGCUCAUGCUGAAAUCUGCCAGUCAAACAAAGAAGUUUUAAAGCCUGGCAGGUACAACAUUAUCACAUAAGUGCUGUCAGUAUAAAAGUUGUGGGAAUAAAGGAAACUGGAUAUUUUUAGCACGAUGUGCAUGAUAAUUUAUAUGCUUGGUGGCUGUGCUGCUGAUUAAGCCGUAAUUAAAAUUCUUCUCAUCCCAUUGGAGUUUUUAAUAGAAGCUUCCUCCAUCAAUUGGCACAACCUAAAGAAGAUUUUUUUAAAGGGGCAAAAGUAAUUACAGUAAAAUAAUUCACAGUAGCUUCAGUAAUAGAAGGAAUUACAGUAGUUCUUAAAGGUAUUUGAUGGUAUUCUCGGUAUAUAGGGGUGAACACUCACUGAGUGAAUCCCAGAGGGAAAAAUAUCUUUCUCUGUUUUUAAUGUUCUCUUUCGUUUCCACCUAAAUAAUUUAUAGAACUAUAACCUUAAUGGAACCUCUUUGAUGAAGGAUUUAUAAUUUGCUGUGGUUUAGUUACAAUAUAUUUAGUUCAUAUUGGUAAGAUAAAGUGUGUCCAAAGAUUUCAUUGCAAGGAUAUUUUUGCAGUAUAAAGAUGCCCCAACAUUAUCACUCUGAUUACAGCUCUGUUAUUGUUUUAACUCAUGGUGCAUGUGACAAAGUUUACUGCUAAUAUUUUAAUGUAAAGUUAUUUCCCUUUUUGCUAUACAUUAUCAUUACCAUUCAAGUGAAUUCACUGGAUGAGAUCUCUAUAGAGUGCAAAUGUAGAUAGAGAAGAUCCAUAACGAUGGAGAGAGCCAACAAAUGGAAAUUUUUAAACCUGAAUCUUACAUUUGUUUGUGUGAUUUUAAAUGAAUGGUCUAAAAUCACAAGAAACUCUUCAUUCCCCUGUUGUUUUCCAGAAACGGCAUAUCACGGUCCUUUCAAAAUGUUUGUAUAUGUAAUCAGAUGUACAUUUAUAUAAAAAAAUGAGAUGGACUUAAGAGCACAUCCCUGAUAAAUACUUUCUCUUACCUGUACUAUAUUUCUAUUAGACUAAAGUUAUGUGAUUUUUUUUUACAUUUUUUCAAAUUACUAGCAAUUUUGAUAGUUUGUAAGAUAAUGCAAAGAACUCUCUCUGACAAACUAACUGCAGUAACAGAAACAUUUCUUUUCAGUUACUCUUUUUCAAGAAUGAAAGCUUAUUACACACACAAAAAAAUUGUAUACUACUUGAUGAAAAAUUACUUUGUACUUCUUGGCCAUAUUACUGGUCACUGAGUGAAAUAAAGAUAAUCUGGAUAACAAAUAUUAUUCCAAUGCUAAGAGAUCUGAUCUUUGCUCAUUAAAGAGCUAAAAUGUUUAUUGCUGUUUUGUCAUUUUUUAAUGAAGUAAUGGUAACUGUCUCAAAUAAAGAGUCAUUUCUUAGACUAGUCUGGUUUUUGAAGACAUGGAUAUGCCUUCUACAGAUAAUACAACUGCAUAUUUAUAGGCCAAUCCUACCUAAAACAGUUCCUUAUAAAAAUCAUGACACUGUGAAUGUAUAAUGUCGCAGUGUUACAUUAAUUACCACUACCCACUAACUUGCCAUAAUUUUCAGCCAGAAGUAAGAUUUAAAAAUACAUACAUCAAAUUUAGAAAAGGCAAGGAACAGAUAAAUAUGCAGUAUUCCAUGAAAUGAAACUCACCUGGUUCACACUGUGAGGGUGAUUAAACUUUCAUAAAAUGAUGUUACUAGAAAGUUACCCUUCAAAGUGUGUUUAAGAACAUCAAAUAGACUUCAAAAGUGACACUGAAAACAAAACAACAAAAACCACUGCAGUUUCAGUCAUUUUCUUUAGCUAAACUAAUAAAAAAUAUACACUAACAAUUAAUAUAAUAUAGAUUAUCAUCCCCAGUUUUAAAAGGAGCAUUUUUGGUAGAAGCAUAAAGAUUGAAGUCUUCAAAAUCCAGGAUGGUCUAUGUGCAAUUUCUGCCUGAUGUGGUUGUGCUUUUAGACUGUGACCUGCCAAUGUAAACCAAUAAAAAGAAUUGUCUGCCAUCUGAUAAUUAUUGUUUAAUAGGAAGAUUGUAUUUUGCUAUGUUAAUGAAACAAAACAAAACAAACAAAACCAUGAAUGGCCAUAAAACAAGAUAUACACAAAAUAUGAUUUCAUGUGCUUUUCUUAACUUUAUCAAACUCAACAUAAUUUUCUACUAUAAUUUAAUGGUGGCCAUAUCUAUAUCUAUAUAUCUCUAUAUACAGUAUCUGGUAAUUGUUUACUUUUACUAGUUCAGAAAUAAAUGAUUGAGGUAAACCAAG